AUGUGUAUGAGAAGACCCACACAUAUAUAUUACGACAUGUCCUCGAACAAGCAGUUAGAAAAAAACACAUCAUCCGAAAUGUCGCAACCACUAUACAGUCUAGUGGACUUCAAGCAGAUGGAAUACGAUGAUGCCAUUGACCCAGACAACAUGGAGCAGUACGAGCCAAAGAUAUACAAGGUGGUACCAUUGUACGGAAUACCAGUCCAGCAGGAUGAACCACCGGCUUAUGUUGCGAAUGCGGAUGAAGAGCUCGAGCUCAGCGAGAAGCUCGAGGGGCUACCAUUGCCGGUAACAGCCGCGAGAACACUAAAUGAGGAGCAGAAACAGCAGAGAGUGCGAAAUGCAAGACUGUAUCGUCUGAUUGUGGUGUUGUUAUUUUAUCUACUUUAUUCAGGUGGGUGCGGCGAUGGACAAGAGGAGACAGGGCUUCCUUGA